GACCCAUGGGGCCAAGGGCUCGGGCCCAGUGUCAGUGUUUCCUGCCUCGGAACCAGUGGAGGAGCACCUUGGAAGAGAUCUUGGUGUUCCGAGGACAGACGCCCUGCUGAGAGUCACCAUGGCAGACAGAGACGAGCAGACCCCUGAGGAGAGGCAGGACGCCCCUGAAGAGAGAAAAGAGCAAGCCCCCGAAGAGAGGGAGCCAGCAUGCCUGCUGUGUCAGCGAUCAGAGGCUGACCCGGACAUCUGCGGGCAAAAAAGUUUCGUACUUGGGCUCUGUGUCCACAAGUUCUGCCUGGUGAGUUGCUCUGCGGGCUCCCUCCACUUCUUGACAGGCAGUCCCUACCACUCUCUCCUCAUCAGUGAGUGUGUUUUCCUGCAGUUUUUUGUCAGCAACUCUCCUGACUGCCCAGUUCAGCGACUAGAAGACUGGGAUAUUGACAAAAGGGAGAUCCCAGAUAUAGUCUCCCAGGCGGCUCAGCAGAGCUGCUGCAUCUGUGGCCAGAGCAGGGCCGCCAUCCCCUGCUGGGUAAGACACUGUGACCUGAGCUUCCACCUGCCCUGUGCCAAGCAGGGAGGCUGUGUCACCGAGUUCAUGCCACCGUACAGAGGCAGCGUCCCCUGGAGAUUGUGGUGCUGUGACCGAUGGAGAUCUCCCGGGGACACUUGUGGUGGUGGGGAAGACACGGGGUGGCUUUGAACAGAGUGACAGUUCUGGUGGUGGCAUGAGGCUGGGCGGGGUGAGAGCAAAUCCUAGGGGAUCCCCAGCUGGGCCAUCAGUAGGUUCCGGAGUUAACAGCAUCUGACCACACCAUCGCUGCCCGUGGGCUCGGGUGCAUCUGCAUCCCCGAGGAGCAGCAGACCCCGGGACCCCUGUCCUGGAGGCAAAGGACAGGACUCCGUGGACACAGCCCUCCCGUUCCUGCUGCUCCCCGAUCCCGGUGCCUGCCCUCCCAGCACAAGCCAAUUAAGAGCCGAUUCUGGUCAGCUGUAAUUAGCAGCACCUUCUCCCAGUGCAGCGCUUCUGCAUUUCAGCAGCCAGCUUGUCACUGUCAGCCAGCACCGCGAUCUCCCCACGAGGCACUGGUGGAGAUUUGAUUACCCAAAGAAUUCUGCAGCAGCAGCAGGUCCAGCCAUGGAGCUGCUUGUCCAGGCGGUGACGGCUCCUCUGGCUCUGCCAGUACCUCCCAGCACAUCCCGGCUCCCAGGAGAGCUCU